AAGACGGUGCGAGAGUGCCGUACUCGACAAGCUGGGUGUUGUGGGGGGCGGGGGCGAGCGAGACAGGCAAGAAGCAUACUUAAGCCAGCGUGGGGUGCAGAGACGCCGACUUGUCUUCCCCACCACCCUUUCCACCGCCACACCACCAUGCGCCUCGCUCUCCUCUUCUCGGUCCUCGCGACGGCCGCGUCGGCGCUCGUCGCUCCCCGCAACAACGACGGCUGCAUCACCCCCAAGGUCUUCAUCGUGUCCAUGUUCUCGCCCGAGGACGUGUGGACUGCCCCGCUCAAGCUCACGCACAACGUCUCCCUGCCCGGCCUUUCGCCCCUGUUCCCCUACGUCAACUGCAACGCCGCGCGCGACGUCUGUCACCUCAUCACGGGCGAGGGCGAGAUCAACGCCGCUGCGACCAUCAGCGCGCUCGUGCUCAGCGACAAGUUUGACUUGCGCAAGACGUACUUCCUCUUCGCCGGCAUCGCCGGGGUCAACCCGCAUAUCGCGACCACCGGCUCGGUCGGCCUCGCGCGCUACGCCGUCCAGGUUGCACUCGCGUACGAGCUCGACGCGCGCCAGAUCCCAUCCAACUGGACGACGGGCUACUGGGUCCAGGGGACCAAGCGUCCUGGCACGCUCGACGGCGCGGUCAUCUAUGGCACCGAGGUGUUCGAGCUCAACACCAACCUCCGUGACAAGGUCCGCGCGCUCAUCCCCUCGGACAUCAAACUGAACGACACGGCGACCGCGGCGGCGUACCGCGCGACGUACAACUACACCCCGGCCAACGCGCCCCCGGCCGUGUUCUACGGCGACGUCGCCACGUCCGACGUGUACUUUGCCGGCAACCUGCUCUCCGAGGCGUUCGGCAACAUUACGCAGCUGUGGACGAACAACACGGGCGUGUACGCGCUCACGGCGCAGGAGGACAACGCGUCCUUUGAGGCCAUGGUGCGCGCACACAAGGUCAAGCGCGUCGACUUUUCUCGUGUCGUCCUCAUGCGCACCGCGUCCGACUUUGACCGCGCGCCCACCGGCAAGAACGCGUACGACGCGUUCGUGGCCGACCAGGGCGGCUUCGAGCCCGCCGUCGAGAACAUCUUCGUCGCGGGCAACUACAUUGUCCAGGGCAUUCUCAAGAACUGGGGCGCGUUCAAGGGCGGCGUGCCAGCCCAGGACGGGUGGCUGCACGAUGCCGACAUCUUCCACACGCUCUCGAUGAAGCGCCGCGCACUUGAGCAGCGCGGUGUCGAGCGCCGCCGUGUGCAGCGCGGUGUCCCUCUCGUGCAGUAGUUGCAAGGACAGUUGUAGCAAGGACUCUGGGCUAGGUGACACCUGGUACAAUGCAUAUAGUGCUUUCUGUGA